GACGGCCCCGCCCUCUGUCCGCGCCGCGUUCCAAUGUGCAAGGCAGAGAGAGGCGGGCGAGGCGGGCGGGCGAAGCGGCGGGCAUGGUGAGUGCGCGUGCAAAAGGGGGGGGGACGGAGAAAGGGAUCCGUGCAAGGCACGUCGGGGGUGCGCGUGCAAAUACCAGGAUCAGUGCAAGGCAGCUGCAGCAGCGGGGCUCGUGUGAAAAAAGGAGGAGAGCUUGGCACAAAAAUGGGAGCAAGGAGAAUUCCCUGCGAAAGAAGAAUGGCAAAUGGAAUUAAUGGAAUUAAUUUGGCGGAAUUAGAUAAAUUAAGAGGAAUUAGAUUAAAUUAAGAGGAAUUAGAUAAAUUAAGAGGAAGGAUUCGAAGCCUGCGGGAUCAGAGAUUCUUAGAAGACUGGAGUAAAUAUUUGAACUGUUUGAAAAGCAGUUGUAAUCAACAGAUGACGCUGGUAGGACUGCAAGGAGGACUUUGUGAAAUAGUGCAAGGAAGACCCUGAAAAGAAUGAUUUGUGAAUGAUAAUUAAAAGUAAGAAACUAAGAAAUGCAGAACAAGUGAUAAAGAACGGAAAAUCUUCAGAGGUUGUUGAUGGAAGUCUAAAAUAUUGUAUAAGAUCAGAAGUUAAGUUAAAUGAUUGUUGGAAAUGAUAAGUUUAAAAACCAAUAAAAAUAUAUAUAAAAAGAAAGAAAGAAAAAGGAGGAGAGCAUGCAAGACCUGGCGGAAACGCCGCAUCCCUUUCCUGCUUCUUCGUGGAAUCACAGUGCUUUGUAGGCCCUGCUGUCGGAGCAGCAAUUUUGCAAAGCACCCGCCACAGCAGGACGGAGGCUCCCCAGCGUUGCAUUGGGGAAAGAACUAUGGGUUUCUGGUUUGUUUCUUGUUUUUAAGCCUGCUGCCUAUCAUGUUUAGGGGGCUCCUCCAGGGUCCUGCUGUUUGCAAGGUGAUGUAUCUGAAUAGCUUUCCUUCCUCAUCUCUCAAUGGAGCCCUUCAGCAAUCCUCAAGACUCCCUACGGAGCAGCCGACUGCUUGGGGGCCUCUCUCUCCUUCAGGCAGUGCUCUGAGUGCCAGAAGCAUAAGCGGCUCGGCUCCGGAGCAGCAUUUCCAGCAACAGCCUCCGCAGUUGUGGAGCACGUGCGCCAAGGUGUCCCUGGGGCAACUCUCACGAAGCAGAGAGGUGCCCAGCUCAGUGGCAGAAAAUCCCAGGUGGGGCUGGGAGACGGCACUGCUGAAACCCUGGGGAGCUGCUGCCAGCCAGUGCAGGCAAUGCUGAGCUGGGGGGACUAAAGGCCUGACUCCGUAUUGGGUAGCUUGCCUCUGUAUACAGUCACACCUUGGGUUGAAGUAGCUUUGCGAUAAGUAUUUUCGGGUUACGCGCUGCGGUGACCCGGAACUAACGGAGCGCAUUACUUCCGGGUUUUGCCACUCGUGCAUGCGCAGUCAAAAUGCCGUCAUGCUUAGAAGCGACAAAUCGCGGCACAUGCACCCGCAGGUUGCGUUCGCUUCUGGAUGUGAACGGGGCUCCAGAACGGAUCCUGUUCGCAUCCAGAGGUACCACUGUAUGGUAAAACCAAUCUCUGUUUUUUAUUGUUUUACACCUUCACAACCAUUUGCUUUGGGAGGGGCAGACUUCUUAAUUCACACCUUGGUAGAAUGGGGUACACAGCCCCAUUGAAUUGUUUGGGGGGGCAAAUUCAGCUGUCCAUCUCUGGGAGAGACUUUUCUGCAUGUUGGUUCUCCCUGCUGAUAAUACGCUUUGCUUCUUUCUUUUUCCAUCUCCCUCAGGCUAGCUCUGCGAUAUCGUUUCCCAGGUGAGUAGUGACCUUGACACAGUUUUGCUACAGAUUUGUGCUGUUAAUAAUUCUAAAAACUGUACUUGCUGCGUUUUUUAAUGCUGCAGAAACUGCAUUUUCAGAAAGCUUUCUACUAUUGCCACAAUAUUUAUCUCCUAGCUGGUGAGAGCCAAUUCAGAAUUACUGUGUUGUUUAUAGCCUACCUUUUUCUCCAACGAGCUUGUAUGGUUCUUCCCCUCCUCAUUUAGUCCCCACAACGACCUUGCAAAGUAGGCCAGGCUGAGAGGGACUGGCCCGAGGUCACCCAGUGAGCUUCCUAUGGCCAAGGGAGGAUUCGAACCCUGGUCUCCCAGGUCUUAGUCCACUACGCCCCACUUGCUCCUUCUCUGGCGAUCCCUCGUAGCCGAGUAAGAUUGUCUUCCAUGAACACGGUUUUAACAAUGAGUCCGUAAGUGACUGUGAGGCCAAUUCUGGAUCCACACGUCCUUCCACAGUGGGGACAUUGGUUUCCAGGCAGGAGUUGAUCACGGUGUGGAUUUGUCAAGCGUGCCUUCCUCUUAGUGCGUUUCUCCCUUGCGUCCUGAAUUCGGGUGCCUUCAAAGCCCAUGACACCUUUGGUAAAGGCUGUUCUCAAACUGGAGCGCUCACAAGCCAGUGUUUCCCAGUUGUACAGUGUUUAUACUACAUUUUUAAGAUUUGCCUUGAGUUAGUCUUUAAACCUCUUUUGUUGACCACCAGCAUUACGCUUUCCAUUUUUAAGUUUGGAAUAGAGUAGUUGCUUUGGAAGACGAUAAUCAGCCAUCCGCACAACGUGGCCAGAAUCAUUGCUUCAACACUGGUGAUCUUUGCUUCUGCGAGAACACUGAUAUUAGUUUGCCUGCAGCCGGAAAAAUUCUUGCAAGGAUCUUAGCCUCGCUGGCUCCAUGUCAGUAUAGACCAGCUUUAGAAAAUAUCUAGAAGGCCCUAGUUUGGCAAAAGCAGUCAUGAUGCAUGGCUUGCCGCGUACGGCAAAAACAGGCAGCCUUCAAUUUUAUGACCACCACAGUAGUUGCAUUGCAAGAGAGGAGUGUCUGAAAGGCCCUAUUCAUACGAUGUGUGCACGGCCUCUGGCCUGCUUUGGUAAUGGUGGCAGGCAAGGAUAGAAAUGUGUCCUUUGCUCCAAAGCAAAAGCGAGAGGAACACUGCUGCCCUCCGCUGGAGACAGGCGGCGCGGCCUCACCACCAGUCUCUGGCGCCAGCCCUGCAGUGUUUACCAUUCCCACCCACCCCCCUCCCAGUUCGACUUCAAGGCAACGCCUGUGUUGUAAUGAAAGGUGGCUGCUCUUGGAGAGACCCCCUAAAGACAGCCUGCAGUGGUGAACCGGAUACCUCCCGAGAAGCACACGUCACCACUCUGCACACCUGGGUUCAGAUUUGAGGAUUAGACAGAUUCAUGGAGCUAUGGAUGGCUAGUAGCCACGGUGGCCAAUCAAAUGAAGCUGAAUGUUGAGACGGGGGAAAGUAUUUCUUCACAAGAGCGCAGUUAAAACUCUAGAACUCCCUACAGGAGGCAUGGACGGCCUCCAACGUGGAUGGCUUUAGGAGAGGGUUGGAGAAAUUCACAGAGGAGAGGAGGCUCUUGAGGGCUACUAGCCAGGAUAGCUAUGCUCCUGCCAACCUAGCAGUUGGAAAGCAUGCCCGUGCAAGUAGAUAAAUAGGUAUCGCUGCGGCGGGAAGGUAAACCGCGUUUCUGUGCACUCUGGUUAAGGUAAACGGCGUUUCUGUGCACUCUGGUUAAGGUAAACGGCGUUUCUGUGCACUCUGGAGAAAGGUUGUUUUCUGCUGCUCCAGAGAAGCGGACACGGAGCAAUGGAUCCAAACUACAAGAAAGAAGAUUCCACCUAAACAUUAGGAAGAACUUCCUGACAGUAAGAGCUGUUCGACAGUGGAAUUUGCUGCCAAGGAGUGUGGUGGAGUCUCCUUCUUUGGAGGUCUUUAAGCAGAGGCUUGACAACCAUAUGUCAGGAGUGCUCUGAUGGUGUUUCCUGCUUGGCAGGGGGUUGGACUCGAUGGCCCUUGUGGUCUCUUCCAACUCUAGGAUUCUAGGAUUCUAUGGUUUCCCAUUGCACCAGCAGCGGUUUAGUCCUGCUGGCCGCAUGACCCAGAAAGCUGUCUGUGGAUAAAUGCCGGCUCCCUUGGCCUAAAAGCGAGAUGAGAGCCGCAACCCCAGAGUCUCCUUUGAUUGGGCUUAACUGUCCAGGGGUCCUUUACCUUUUUUGCUCUGCCUCUGCAUUCGGAGGCAGCAGUGCUCCUGAAAGGCAGUUGCUGGAACCACAGGAGGGGAGAGAUGCUCUUGUGCAUGGAUCCUGCUUCCGGGUUUCCUACAGACACCUGGCUGGCCACUAUGAGAAAAGGACACUGGCCCAGUCCUCUUUUAAAGCCAUCCCGGCUGGUGCCCAUCGCUGCCUCCUGUGGCAUGGAGUUCCACACUGUGCUGAAUCUUCCCACAUUCAGCUUCGCUGGAUAGUCACGAUUUCUUGUGUUAAGAAAGAGAGAGAAAAUCUUGUUCUCUGUCCACUUUCUCCAUGCCAGGCAGUUUUGUAUACACGUCAGUCAUGUUCUUUUUCCUCUAAAGAAAAGGCUAUCUCUUUUUUUCUAGUGGUGAGAGUUUGGGACCCCAGGAUCUGGGAAGACCAGGGUUCAGAUCCCCACUCUGCCAUGAAGCUCACAGAGUCUUUGCCUCUCAGCCUAACCGACCUCACAGGGUUGUUGUGGGGAUGGGGGAAAAGAGCAGGAAAAGAACCACGCACAUCACGUUGGACAACUUGGGAGGGAAGUUUGGGUAUAAAUGCAAUAAAUAAAAGUAAAAAUGAAUUUGUUUUUUACCUGUAAGACCAAUUGCAGUCGUAAACAGUCGUCAACAGGUUUACCACACCUAUCAGCCAAUCACCCAUUCCCACCACCCUUCUGAGUAAUAAUAAUAAUAAUAAUAAUAAUAAUUAAUAUUUAUUCCCUGCCCACCUGGUUUUGUUUCCCCAGCCAUCCUAGGUGGCUUCCAACAAAACAUUAAAAUACAGUAGUCCUUCAAACAUUUAAAGCUUCCCUAAACAGGGCUGCCUUCAGGUGUCUUCUAAAAGCCUGGUAGUUGUUCUCUUUGACAUCUGGUGGAAGGGCGUUCCACAGGGUGGGUGCCACUACCCCUCCCAACCCUCUCACUAUAUAUAAAGGUCUGGUGACUUCUAUUUCAGUGUAUCUGAAGAAGUGUGCGUGCCAAGAACAAACUUAGUCGGUCUCUAACGUGCUACUGGACAAUUUUUUUAUUUUAUAUACCGUAUUUUUUGCACCAUAACAUUCACUUUUUUCCUCCUAGAAAGUAAGGGGAAAUGUCUCUGUGUGUUACGGAGCGAAUGCUUCCCUCCUCCGUGGCUCGCUUUGAAACAGCAAAGCGGGAGAAGAGCCACUGAGUGGGGAGGAGAGAGGGACAGAGAGCCUGCUUGCUUUAAAGGAGCAAAGCGGGAGAGGAGAGGAGCCUUCUCCCCUUAUACCCCUCUUCUUCAUUAUUAGCAGCAUCCUUCUCCACCCACCCCACGCGUGCUUCUUCUCCCCUUAAACCCCUCUUUUGCAUUAUUAGCAGCAUCCUUCUCUACCCACCCCACGCGUGCUCCUUGUCCCUUGAGUGCUUUUCCUUCCCUCCCCACUUAAAACGUGGUUACAAAGCAUGGAUCCUCAGGAUCUUUGCAUUGGGUCACCCCAAAUUCACCAUCAGAUCGCAUAGCAUGUCCAUGGCUACAUCUUGCACCAAAAAAAUCACGCACCCACUGUUGCCUGGGGCCGCAGUGGUGCAAAAACGUGGUUACAAAGCAUGGAUCCACAUGGAUCCUCAGGAUUUUGCAUUGGGCUACUCCAAACUCACUGUCAGAUCACAUGUCUGUGGCCACAGCAUGAACCACAAAAAUCAUACAUCCACUGUUUCAUUUAGAAUAUUUUUUUCUUGUUUUCCUCCUCUAAAAACUACGUGCGUGUUAUGAUCUGGUGCCUGUUAUAGAGCGAAAAAUACGGUAUAUAUUUCUACUGCUUUAGACCAGCACGGCUACCUACCUAAAUGAGUUUGUAAGUCCCACACGUUGUGAGAAGUGCCAAGGUGGGCAGGGCAGAGCAACCCAGGGGGGAGCAAGGCCACACACACACACCCCAAGGACAAAUGGCACCAACCUUCCUGCGUGUGCGAUUGUGUUUUGUUAGCACAGGGGGAAAGACUUGCGCCCGGUGGAACUACAGCACGGCCUCCCUCCAGGCGCCUCCGCUGGACUACUCAUUUCGGGGCAUCAGCUUCAUGCAAGGUAUGGCAUAACCCGGCGGUUCCCAAACUCACCCCCACAGCUCCAUUAACUCACCCCAGCACCCUAUUUAAAAGCCAUAUUGAGAACAAUGGCUCAAGGUCGUUCAUUUUGGUGAAUUAAUUCAACUCAUUUUAAAUGCAUUUUGAAUGAACUGAAUUACAUCGGGCUAUUGCCUUCCUAAGGGACACGGGUGGCGCUGUGGGUUAAACCAGAGCCUAGGACUUGUGGAUCAGAAGGUCAGCGGUUCGAAUCCCCAUGACGGGGUGAGCUCCCGCUGUUCGGUCCCUGCUCCUGCCCACCUAGCAGUUCGAAUGCACGUCAAGGUGCAAGUAGAUAAAUAGCUACCGCUCCGGCGGGAAGGUAAACAGCGUUUCCAUGCACUGCUCUGGUUCGCCAGAAGCGGCUUAGUCAUGCUGGCCACAUGACCCGGAAGCUGGACGCCGGCUCCCUCGGCCAAUAAAGCGAGAUGAGCGCCGCAACCCCAGAGUCGGCCACGACUGGACCUAAUGGUCAGGGGUCCCUUUACCUUUACCUAUUUCCUUCCUAAGUGGGUCGUGCAAACUGUUAUUAUGAAUAACGUUUUUAUAGGAUAGGGGGCACUGCGGAUGAGUUUAUCGAACCGAGGGGGACGGUGGCCCCCUAAAACCUGGGAACCCCUGGUCUCAAGCGUUACAAGCAGCCAGCGGCUGCAUAGUGGCAAGGGAAAUAUCCUCUGCGUGUGCUCAGAGGCUGCUGCUUCAGCAGAGCUUAGCUGCGCAGGAAGGACGCACAGCAAGUGCUCCUUUCCCGUUUCUCUGAACCUGCCUCGCGAGUCAGCCCGCUUCCCUGCCCACUCUCUGCCACCCCCAGACCUGCUGACGGAGGAGCCGAGGGCCGGCCUGAAGCCCAUCCAUCGGUCCGAAGGGGGCCGGCUGCUGACGCAGGCCAUCUGGCUGAACAACAACACCCUCGGGGAGCUGACCCAAUUCACGGAGACGAUGGGCAAGCUCCUGGAGUACCCAGAGGACAUCUACUGGAUCGACCUCUCCUUCAAUGACCUGCCCAUCAUCGACCCGGUAGCGUAGUCCGUUCCCCAGAGCUCCUUUAAACAGAUUUCACUGUUGCUCCGCAAAGCAGAUUAACGCACCGGCAACACCGUACUUGCCGCCAUCAGAUAAGUUCAUUGGUGGGGAGGCCAUCAAGAUGCUAACUGGGGCACAGCUGCCUCGGUUGAGUGCUGGAGCUAUUAUUUAUUUUGUUUAUUUGAUUACCCGUCCUUCACUCCGAGCUCCCAGGGCAGGUUACGGCAUUAAAACACAACAUCAGAACCCAUUUAAAACAGCUUGAAAUCCCAACAAUAAGGUGGGUGCUAGUAAUAGACACGUCAAAAGGCAGGAUGAAGAGGUGCAGUGAAGGCGCCAGGCAGAUCUCUUUGGGGGGGGGGAGUCCCACAGCUUAGGGGCUUCCACAGAGAAGGCCCUGUCUCCCUGGGCCUCUGGGGGUGGAAGAACAAACAAAAAGGCCCCCCUUUUCCAAUCGCAGCACCUGAGAGGAUCUGUAGGGAAAGAGGCAACCUUUCAGAUAUCUGGGGUCUAUGUCAUUUAAAUACCAAAUUGUGCACCUUGAAUGGGGCCCGUAAACCGGGGGAAGCUGUUUUAAAACAAUCAAGUUUUUGAUAAAAAUUAUAUUAAUACAACAAACCAACCAGGGAAAAGGUAUGUGAUCUAAAUAGAGCCCCGGGCAGCAAUCUGUGUUUUGAACCAAUGAACGUCGCCUUCAAGGGCAGCCCCACGGUGAGCGUGUUGCAGUAGUCCAGCCUGGAAGUUGCUAAUGGGGGGCUGGAUUUGGAAACCGGUAGGGAUCUCCACCUGUUGCCUUUCUGAGCCGGCCUCUCUGCCCAGGUGCUGACUUCCUUCUACAACCUGCGCCACCUCAACCUUCACGGGAACGCCAUCCAGCAGCUUUCAGAGGUGGACAAGCUGGCGGUGCUCCCACACCUGCGCAACCUGACGCUGCACGGAAACCCCGUCGAGGAGGAGAAGGGCUACAGGUAAACACUCGCCCUCCAAAAAGAAAACCCCCCAGCCCUCGGGGAACAGGAGUGUGGGGCACACAGGACAGGGGAGCGGCAGGGGCUGGAGUUUUAACUGUGCUCCGCGUGAGGGAGGAGGGAGCCAGGCAGGCAGGCUGGCUGUCCUCCAAACGCUGACCCCGGCACUGUACUUUGCACAUUGCGCAGGAGCUACGUCCUGUCCACUCUGCCCCACUUGAAGUCCUUCGAUUUCAGCGGCGUCACGAAGCUCGACCGCACCACCGCGGCCGUCUGGAGGCGCAUGAACAUCAGGCCCAAGAAAGUCCGGAAGAGAAGGGACGACUACUGAUGGCCCCACUGCUCUGGCAGCAGGGAGAGGAGGCCCCUGCAACCCCCAGCCUCAACUGGGAAUAAAGAGUUAGAGCUCCUUGGCAUGGCAGAGCCUGGAUGGGGGAAGGGAGAGGGCCGGGGGGGGUGCGGGGCUGGGAGCCUUUUCCUGCAGUUGUGCCCAACGGCCUCAGCCUCCCCGCUUUCCGGGAUACAGUGGUGCCUCGCAAGAUGAAAUUAAUCCGUUCCGCGAGUGUCUUCGUCUAGCGGUUUUUUCGUCUUGCGAAGCAACCCUAUAAGCGGCUUAAUGGAUUAGCGCUAUUAGCGGUUUAGCGGCUAUUAAAGGCUUAUCGGCUUAGCGGAUUAGCUGCUAAAAGGCUAUUAAAGGCUUAGCGGCUUAGAAAAAGGGGGGGGAAAGCGAAAAAAAAAUCUCAGGACUCGCAAGACAUUUUCGUCUUGCGAAGCAAGCCCAUAGGGAAAUUCGUCCUGCAAAGCGCAUUGAAAACGGAAAACCCUUUCGUCUAGCGGGUUUUCCGUCUUGCGAGGCAUUCGUCUUGCGGGGCACCACUGUACAGUGGUACCUCGGGUUACACGCGCUUCAGGUUACAGCUCUGCUAACCCAGAAAUAGUGCUUCAGGUUAAGAACUUUGCUUCAGGAUAAGAACAGAAAUCGUGCUCCAGUGGCGAGGCAGCAGCAGGAGGCCCCAUUAGCUAAAGUGGUGCUUCAGGUUAAGUACAAACCUCUGGAACGAAUUAAGUACUUAACCCGAGGUACCACUGUACGUCGGCCUGGGGAACCUGUGGUUCAUGGGAUCCUGGAACUAGAAGGAUCCUCUAGCCCAAUCCCAUGCAGUGCAGAAAUCGCAGGUAAGGAAUCCCUGGCAGAUGCCCCACCACCACCACAACCUGCAAUUAAAACCCUCCAAGUUAGGAGAGUCCAUCACUUCCCAAGAGAGUCCGUUCCACUGCCAGGCGGCUCUUAGUGCCAGGAAGUUCUUCCUGGCGUUUAGUCGGAAACUCCUUUUCUUGCCGUUCGAAGCCGUUGGUUUCUGGAGCAGCGGAAAACAAGCCAUGUGUGAUAGGGCACCUGCAGCGCUCCAGGUGAUCAGAGAAUUGUAGCGCCGGGAGAGUGAUCCAGCCCCACCUUCUGCAAACCGAAGGUGCGCAAGGCACCUUCGUUUUUCCUUUUUGUUUCAGAUGGCCGGAGCCAGCCAGCCAGCCAGCCUGCCUUUCCUGACCUGCAGAUGUGCUGGACUCUCCAUUCCCAUCAGCCCCUGCAUGGUGGCAGCCAUCUUGGAGGGCAGGGGAAGGCUGCCCUCGCCAAAGGGAAGCCACUGCAAACCCAACAAGGAUUCUGGCACAGCACAACAAGCGCAGAAGAUGCAGCCACUGUGGAUUUAAGGCAGCUGCCCUCCAAAUUCUCCUAACAAUGGGGUGAGGCGGCCAGGGGCCGACAGGGAAUGACAGCUCCCAGACCCUUUCCUUGUGCCAGCCUCGAGUCCCUUCUCCUCCCUUCCCCAUGGAAGUGCAGCCCUCACACGCUGGGAGUCUGGUUCCCCCCAUCCCUGGCUCAGUGGCAGAGAACCCGCAGGGAGUCCUGGGUUCAGAUCCCGACAUCUCAGACUCCUAAGUGGCAGGAAAGACCUCUGCACCAGAGCGCGCCUCCUGGUCCUUACGGAGCCUGAGGGAGAGUCACCUGACCUGCUACAAGACCCGUUUCCGUUCAGUGACGUUUGUGCGGGGGAAUCGCUUUUUGCAGGGUGGCGCCCCCACUGCUGUGUAUCUUCGUUGGCGUUUGCCGGUUUCUUUUUCAAUAAAAAUGCUGGUCCAGGUGGCACCAGGUGUAUCA